ACCUCCGUCUUCCGAGUACCCUUCUCAAUUACACCCAAGGAUGAAUCAGUCAAUCACAAGGCGGCAUUGCCCAACGUUUCAAGCAAGCUUUUAAAUUGGCCAUGAACUUUUGGGAAGGUCGCUCAAGUGUCUCUAUGCCGGAAUUGCAGGAUACCAGUAUAAACGGGCCUUCUUUCCACUACUAGAUCCUAUCUUUUGGAGUACCAACACUCAAACUGUCAAUUCUGGGGCACUCACAGACGAGCGCUCGCUUCUCGCCCCUUCUAUAUUCCCAGCACUGUUCUGAUUUCCCAAUCUUUGCCUCUAUACACUCAGCAUGCGGGCCUCAACCUUUAUCCAGGUGUUUCUGAGCCUCCAAGCAGUGAGUGCAAUACGUAUUAUACAGUCCAACGACGAUGGCUGGGCCGAAGGAAACCUCCGGGCUCUCUUCACAACCCUCGUCAACGCUGGCCAUCAAGUAAUACUCUCGGCCCCCGCCGAAAACAAAUCUGGUUCUGGCUCUUCGGAUUCGCAACCUACGAAAGUGGACAGUGACGGAUGCGCUUGGAACAGCUGUCCCCCCAACAGCCCGCCAACAGGGGCCAACUCCAGUGACCCACGCCUCAACUACGUCAACAGCUACCCCGUCACGAGCAUCAAAUACGGCAUCGACACCGUCGCUCCCAAACUCUGGGGAGCAAACUCAAAGCCCGAGCUCGCCCUUACAGGACCAAACGUAGGCUCCAACGUCGGCCUAGCCGUGCAAUUCUCCGGCACAGUCGGCGCCGCCGUGUACGCCGCCAGAACUGCUCGCAUCCCCGCCAUUGCAUUCUCUGGUGCCUCGGAUACCAAGAGCCCCUGGAAUGAUGUGUCUUUUGCAGCGAAGGUGUAUGCGGAUUUGGCGUUCAAUGUUACGAAUACGAUCAUCGCCAAGGGGACGCCUUACCUACCCGAGGAUGUCUGGCUGAAUGUGAACUUCCCCGAUGUGAGCCAGACCAAGUGCUCGAAUCCUUCGCAGUUCAAGUACAUUUUGACGAGGAUUAACUCGGGGAUCUUGAGCAAGCGGGAUGUGCAAUGGUGUGGGACAGACCGUUUGCCAACGGAGAGCGAUAUCAUCAAAAAGACUGGUUGCUAUGUCGCUAUCUCUGUCGGAGAUGCGGCUGAUAAGACAACUGUUGAUGCAGAGAGGCAAGCAGUCGUGCUCGAGAAGUUGAGGCCUCUGUUGACUUGCGUUUGAUGUGAAUGAAGUUGAGAGGGCCACCCCCAGAAGCAAGUGGAGUAGGCUGAAGGAUUGCAACGUGGGUUUGGGGCUUCAGUCCCCGCCGAUCGCAUGAGAACGUAAAUAGGAUGAAGUCUCAGAAAUCGUGCACGUAGCAACAAUAAAAUUCUCCGUUGUGCCGCGAAUUGAGUUCUUGGUUCUCUAUGGUAGAACAUACAGUCAUAACGUCCCAUGGCGAUUCCAGUUCGCCUACCUCAUCACAGAUAUCACCAACACAUCGCUACGACCUGCUCAUCUGACCGGUCCCCAUUACUCAUUCUCUUUGACUCCUUUUCAACUCAAGCCCUCCUCGCUGCAGCGGCGCACUGAUCUACAGCCCAGUUAGCCCAUACCGUUAUUCCACGUCUUCAACUUCCUCAACGUUUCUCUCAUCGCCUCCCAGAUAGAGAUGGCCACUCACCUUUCUGCGCCUGGCACUCCUGCGUCGAGAAGUCUGCCUGUCCCGAGUUCGCCAGGU